CUCCCAUUACUUCCUCCCAACAUUUCCGAAUCUAAACUCGUAACCUUCCUCAAAACAACGUCAUGCUUCCUCCUCCAUUGCCAUCACCUCCUUCUCGUCCUCCUCCCCACCACCACCACCACCACCACAGCCAUGUAAUUGCACAAACACCACCUCCAAAACCCAACCCAAAGCUCCUCUCUCUAAUCAUCAAGGCCCUGGUGAUGACCUUUAUAACCUCCGUCUUCUUCCUCUUCCUCGGCUUCGCCGCCACCGUUCUCUUCCCCUUCUUCGCCGCUGGCGCUCUCCACCGCCGCCGCACCCAAUCCCCCCAUCCCUCAUCUGGGUUCUCUCCCAAACAUCUCAAGACCCUCCCCCAAUUCCGCUUCAGAGCUGCCCGACCCCAGCCCCAAUCGCAAUCCUCGUCCUCGUCGCCGUCGCCGCAGACAGACUGCGUUGUUUGCCUCGACUCGUUCCGGGAAGGCCAGUGGUGCAGGAAACUCCCGGCGUGCGAUCACGUGUUCCAUAGGCGCUGCCUGGACACCUGGUUGGUUAAGGUGUCGGCGUGCCCGAUUUGCCGAACACGUGUAAGGUUAGAUUACGGGGACACGGAGUCGGUGGUUAAUUUGGACGGAGAAGAGGAAGCAAAGUACUUGUGGAAUUUUAAUAGAAACAACAAUGGUUUGAGGGUUUCUUAGGACUUGCAAUGUAAAUUUUGUGCAUAUUUUGAGAUUUGUAACAUACUUGACACAUUUUAGUUUCUUUUCUUUCUUUUCUUUUUUCAAAUUUCUUAUGUAUAAUAGAUGCUUUGGUUAUGAAUUUCAGCAUGUUUGUGUUGA